AUGUCGUUAGCCGACUCGCCUGGCUUUGUUUUCCAACCUGAUCACCUCAAUUUUGCUCCUGCUGACGAUUGCAAUCUAUUUGACGAGGUCUUUGACCACAAGCUGUACGAAGUUGAUGAUCAUAAGCUGCGAGAAGACGAUGCCGAAUACUUCGAGACUGUCCCUUACUCUAACCCAUACCCGCGUCUCCCAUCAUUGAGUGGUUCAACCUCUCAGGAGACUUCUACCGACCAAUCUCCGCAGCAACCAUGGCGAAAGGGCCUGUGGUGUUUGAACCAGGAUACGCUCAAGGUCGACAAGACACGAAAGCCUGCACAAGAUACUAUUACUGCCGCCGAACUGUUGAACAAUCAGAGUUUUCUGAUUCGAAGUCCUCCAUCUCCCUCAGUCAGUCCAACAAUGAACCCCACAAAGCGAUUCGUCACCAGUCCCAACGCAGCCAAGUAUCAAUACAAAGCCAUGGACCCGCCCCCCUCCCGCGAAAAUACCCUUUCUCCGAGCCCAAUGUACUCGCAGCUGCCACUCCAAGCCAAAAUGGAGCAGGUUGAGACGUGGCAGCAAGACUUUAAGAAUUUCAACAUUCAGACCUCGCAAAGAAGGUCCCAAGAGAAGCCUUUGCAUGAGCUGUAUCACAAUCACGGCACUCAAAUAUCGGAUAUCAAUAACGCUAUAGUUGCGAAGAAUGCGGAAAGUCAGCUUCCCUUGCUGAGCAACAAUGCCUCCCAGGAGUUCUUGUACAACGAGGAUGGUGGCGUUGCUGUCGACCCAAGCUUGAUCCACAAGAACAGAAAUUCGCUAGCCAUACAGACACGACUGGACCAUUGCUUUCAGCCAGCUGUACUUUCCCAACAAGCGUGUCAUCAGACCCUUCAUCCAACGUGGACUACUGAGAGCUUGCACUCAUCAAAUGAUUCUCACCCAUCAUCCUACGACACAAUGCCGGCCAGCAUGUCUAGCGCUUUCAGCAGCAACGGGCUACAACCGGUGCAAAGUGGACAAGGCCAGGUAUGGUGGUCACCAGACAUGACUACCACCACUCCUGGCUGGGUCAAUACAUAUCACGAACCCUUCUCUACCAUUGCUGCUCCAACACCGAAGCGAGCAGCCACACAGUCUUAUGUUGAGAAUAUUGACCGUCGCUCCGAAGGGCUCGGUAUCAACUACCCAGACUCUAAUACUGCGAGUCUACACGACCACAACACCUUUUAUCCAAGCAUCGAGUCCGCCAACUUCUACUCUCCCAGUCGAUCGCAGGGCCUUCCUGCAGGCAUCCCUCCAGUUCCACCGCUGCCUUUUCCGACUUCCAACCAUAUUCUCAACAAAACAUCACCAUUCACCACUCCAUAUACAAGCCGACGUUCACCCAGUCGACCUCCAUCUCCUUGCAUCUCUCCACUCAGUAUGACUCCAAGGUCGACCCGUCGCCAGAAUCGCUCCCCAUCCCACCAUAGUAACCACCGCCGCCGCAAAUCCAUGCACAAGCCAGGCCCCAUCAAGUCCAUCAACAACAAUCAACUCCCCAUCGAAGACCCUUACCCUUCCACUCCCAUCGCAUAUUCCUCAUCCCACUACCAACACCACAACACCACCACACGCGCCCGCUCCCGCUCACAUUCCAAACCCCCACCACCAACGCGCACGCCCCGCACACCCAAAACGCCCACAACGGCGGGCAUUGGCGGCAGCGGAGGAGGCAGCUUCAACCUCGACUUCGUCAACUUCACCGCCCGCGACAGUGCCAAACUGCUGGGCGACGUCGCGCCAAGCGGCAGCAGCAAGACGCGGGCGAGACGCGAGGCCGAGGCGCGGGAGAAGCGCAAGAGGCUGGGCGAGGCGGCGCUGAGGGCUGUCACUAGUGCGGGUGGCGAUGUGGAGGCUUUGAAGCGGGCGAUUUUGACGUAG